AUGAAUCCUGACACAAACGGCAGCGACGUGCAUCUAGAGAACACAAGUGUGACAUUGGACAAGUUUCUGGAGAAAUAUUUGGGCCCCCGUCGCUCACCCAUGUUUCUCCCCAUCUUCCUGAUUUAUCUGAUCAUAUUUUUAGUGGGUGUGGUUGGCAACGUGCUCACUUGCACGGUCAUCUCACGAAACAAAGUGAUGUGGACGCCAACCAACUACUACCUGUUCAGCUUGGCUGUGUCAGACCUGCUGGUGCUAUUGCUGGGGAUGCCACUGGAGCUCUACGAGCUGUGGCAGAACUACCCGUUCCUGUUAGGGAAGGGAGGUUGCUAUUUUAAGAUUUUCCUUUUCGAGACUGUCUGCUUGGCAUCCAUCCUUAAUGUGACAGCGCUGAGCGUGGAGCGCUACAUCGCUGUGGUGCACCCGCUACGUGCAAAAUACAUGGUGACGCGCACCCACGCCAAGCGGGUCAUCGUCACAGUGUGGGUUUUGUCGGUCUUGUGUGCUCUUCCCAACACAAGUCUGCAUGGGAUUUCCUACCUGUCUAGUAAUUCCUCCAGUCCAGACGGGCCAGAGAAGGUGGAGAUUCCUGACUCGGCCAUAUGUACAUUGGUGAAGCCUCAGUGGACAUAUAACCUGAUCAUACAAGUCACCACUUUACUAUUUUUCUUCCUGCCCAUGCUUACUAUUAGUGUUCUGUACACGCUCAUUGGGCUGCAGCUCAAACAGGAGAGGAUGCACCAAGCACUGGAAGCAAAGUCAGGCGCUGGUCAGGACAGUUUCUGUUGCGCCCGAACUCAACAACAAAAGGCCAGACGACAGCAGGUCACCAAAAUGUUGUUUGUUUUAGUGGUGGUUUUUGGGAUCUGCUGGGCCCCCUUCCACACCGACCGGCUUGUGUGGAGUUUCAUCACUGAGUGGACUAACAGCGAUCGCCAAAUCUUCGAGUAUGUGCACAUUAUCUCUGGAGUGUUAUUCUACCUCAGCUCAGCAGUGAACCCAAUUCUCUACAACCUCAUGUCCACACGUUUUCGGGAAAUGUUCAAGGAUGUCAUGUGCCACCGGGCUCACAAUGCCAUCCCGAGAAAAUAUUCGUUAAGUAUCACUCGAGUGACACUCCGCAGUAUCUUAAAUGAAGCUCCACUCAGUGUGGGAGCCAAUGUUGUGGAAGGAGAGGUUGAGGAUGGAGACCGAGUGGUGAAAGAGGAUUCCACUCUCGCAAGUUAA